UUUAAAUUACCUUCCAGCAUAUGAACCAAUCAAGAUCUGUGCAGAGGAAUACAGRGGGAGGGAGCUUAUUUAGAUUUCUCACUCUAUUCCCAGGCUAAAGAGGGAGACAGAGCUUUUAUUGAACCAGAGUCUCGGGGAGAAGCAACGAAACAGUUUGCCUUGGAGGAGCACAGCUCAUCCUUUCUCGUGUGUGUGCCGAGUUGUGCCGGGUAAAAACAGAUGGACAAGAUGAACCACAGCUCAGCUGAAGCAGAGACUGAGACCAUAGAACCACUUCGUUACCUCAGGAAAGAGGAAAUGGCAGCCAUCGAGACAGAACUACUGAGGGAUUACAGAUUUGGACAACAACAGCUGAUAGAAAUCUGGGGACAAGCAUGUGCUCUCGCCAUMACUAAGGCAUAUCCUCGCAGUUCUCUAACGAAGAAGCAGCCCACGGUGUUAGUGAUCUGUGGUCCGGAUCAAAAUGGCUCCAUUGGUCUGGUGUGCGCCCGACAUCUGCGCAUAUUUGACUACGAGCCCACCGUUUAUCACCCGAAACGUUCCUCUCACAGUCUGCACCAGGAUUUCACAGUUCAGUGUGAGAAGAUGGAUAUCCCCUUUCUCUCUUAUUUGCCUACAGAGGUGCAGCUCAUAAACGAUGCCUACAACUUAGUGGUCGAUGCCAUGCUGGGUCUUGAAGAAGACUGUUCCAACAUUAAGGAGCCAUAUUCUGGUAUAUUGGCCACCCUGAAGCAAAUCAAGAUUCCUAUUGUCAGUGUGGAUGUGCCCUCAGGUUGGGAUGUAGAAGAACCAAGUCAGGAUGGGAUAAAUCCGGACGUUCUCAUCUCUCUCAUGGCACCGAAGAAGUGCGCAUCAAACUUCUCUGGAAAGCAUUUCUUGGCCGGACGCUUCCUGCCCUAUGACAUUCAGAAAAAAUAUGAGCUUAAUCUCCCAGACUUCCCUGGCACAGACUGUCUCAUAGAACUGUAACAUAUGAAAACAUAAGAGCCAGUGGGGACCACUCUUCUCUUGUUUGUGUUUUAUAGAUUGUUACCAUAUUUUAAUGUCAACAUYGCAAUUGUGUCAUUAGCCAAACGUGCUCUUAAGCUGUACUAUUAUAGAAGGGUGAUAUUUAGAACCAUGGCUUGAGUCCUGUCUUUUGAAGAAAUGGCAUGAGGAGUUUAAUGUCAGUUGACUUGUAAAAGCUGUAGCAUUACACUGUUUCUUAUUUUUUAGAGUCAGCGGGGGKRAAAUCRACUUUCUAUAUCAACWUACUGGAAAWAWWUUUUUCUUAAAAUUUGUUUCAAUGCUUCUUUUGUUCUUAUGUUUACCUUAUUUUAUCAAUGUGUUGUUGAAAUAACAAAUGGGAUAAUUAAAAAAUAUGGGUUUGUGGGUUUUUUUAAGUUUUGUUAUCCUGGAACUUAGUUAUUUUUGUUUUAGUUACCUUGUUUGUGUUUACAAAAGGCACAGAUAUUUCUUGUUGACCARUAAAAACGUCAGGUAGUGUAAAGUCACUGGUGUUUUCUUAUUUAAAAUGGCAACAAUACCAAUAAAUUAAGAUGCAAAUGGCUGGAGCUGUWCUCAGUCUAUUUCCUAUAUUAACUGCAAGUUAUAAUAAAACUCAAAUGCUGCUUU